AUGCUUUCGCCAGGAGCACCUCUUAUUGUCACUCCUGCCGAAAACGCUUCGCCCGGUCCAGACGAACUGCUGGUCAGGAACCACGCCUGGGCGUUCAACCCCGCGGACUGGAAGGCACAAGCCUUUGGUCUGUAUGUCCAUUCAUAUUCAGCGGUGUUUGGCUGCGAUAUGGCUGGUGAGGUGGUAAAGGCGGGAAGUGGAAUCAGUAGAUUCCAGGUCGGCGACCGUAUCGCCGCCGUUCCACUCGGUGCCAUCACCCAGAAUCCACGCGAGCAAGCCUUUCAGACAUACACCAUCGUGCCAGCCUGCUGUGCCCUUGUGAUCCCACCACAGAUGUCCUGCGAAGACGCAGUCAAGCUUCCACUAGGUCUGUUUACCGCUGCUGCUGGGCUAUACGAGGAGCAGUAUCUCAACCUACCUUUGCCGAAAGCGACUCCUGUGCCAAGCGGUAAGACCUUACUGGUAUGUGCCGGCAGCUCAAAUGUCGGAUCUGCGGUCAUCCAGUUGGCGCUCGCGUCCGGGGUAGAAGUAUGUGCCACUGCGUCGAAGGAGAACGCUGAUUUGGUCAGAAGUAUGGGAGUGGAGCAUGUGUUCGAUCAUCAUGAUAACAAGGUCGUGGAUGAUGUAUCAGCUGCGCUCAGGGGCCGUGAUGUGGUUGGCGGUUUUGAUCCUAUAAGCAGCAACGCCACCAUUGUGCUGAUGGCCAAAAUCUUGAGCGGGAUCGGCAGUAGCAAGCUGGUCACAACCUUGCCAGUCAAGGAUACAUGGCCGCUUCCAAGCAGCGUUCAUGUCAAGCAAGGUAUAUCCCCCCUUACCGGGUAG